GUUGCUAAAUCAAUUUGUUUAAACGCUUAGACCUUAACCUCUACUUCGUGCCACAUUUCAAAGCCAAAUUUAGUUUACGCGAGUAAAAGCGCGUUUAUUUUCGCUAUCACCUUAACGCAGUCAAAUAACCAAAAAAAACUUAGUAGUGAAAACAUGAGUCAGACAGAUGUAAAUGCCUCAGUAGAGCUUGAACCGCAGUGCUCUGGUGCUGCGAGGAUAUUGGGCAGCACGUGAGCUUCGUGCCUGUUUCGAGCGAUUAAGUUUGUUAGCUUCAGAAGCGUUGACAGUUAGAAUUUCCCCCGAUCGAGAGUACUGUGCCGUUGGUUUGUCUGAUGGAUCUGUUCAACUGCAUCCCAUGCCUCAUGGUAGCGAUAAAUGGCCAAAAAUUGAUCUCAUAGCACCGGAAGAAAAGUUACCAUGUACCGAUAUCGCGUUUGUUUUUAAGCAGUCGGAUCGAAAGAAACUAGUGGCAGCGUAUGCCUCUGGCUUUAUCAGAGUUUGGCAUUAUAGAAAUAAUGGAACCUCCGGUCUAUCUAACUCUUGGCGGGAGCUAGAGCAUUCUCUGAGUGGGACAGACAUCUCCGAACAAAAGUAUAAUCAGAUACUAUGUUUAUCUAUAUCAUCGGACAACAAACGAUUUGUUACCGGUGGCUCAGAUACUGUUGUCCGAUUAUAUGAACUGCAUUCCACGUCCAGCGGACGUCUGCUGAUUCCAAACAUACGCACAGAUGCCACCUUUGCUCAUAAUUAUCAUUCUAAUCGAGUCACGGCACUAUUUUACUAUCCGACAGGAGGAAAAGAUCCAGCAUUGUCGCAUUUUUUCGUUUCUGCAAGUUGGGAUGGAACGAUUCAGGGUUGGGAUGAUCGAACAAAUGGCUCCAUAUGGCAAUAUGAUGGGACAAACGUGGCUGGUGCUGAUGGAUUGUAUCUGGAUGCAGCUCGUGGGAUACUUCUGGCCGCAUCUUAUAAACACGACAAGGUUCUUGCCCAGGUUUGGGAUCCAAAUUUUCGCAGACAAGAAUCCCGUAAAGCAACGCACAUUACGUCCAAACCUUUAAGUACCGUUGCGCAGGAUUCCUCAUCCCCGGCAGUGCAACUGUAUACGAUUGAAGUGUUCGUCCGUCGCCCGAUUCGACCUCAGCUACCGAUCGGAAACCCGAGGUCACUGACACCACAACAAAGACAGAAAUGACCGGUUACGGAGGAGCAGAGAAAAAGUAAGAUAUGUUGGCUAGUCACUCCUUCCGAACAUUGUGGAACGGCAUAUGCAACUCACGUGAAGACCUAUAGAAGGGUUAACUUACGACUAACCAGCAAUGCUUCCCAUGCUAAUCGGCCGGUUCACACUUAUUCGUUCAAACCAUGCAAGAGAGUUGCGGCACGCAGGUAUAUGUUGCUCGUCUUACCGUUGAUGGUCAAUUCAUUAUUUUCGGAGGAACAAAUGCAAAUUAUCUAAAGCUGGUCAGUUCUACGACACUCAGACCAAUCGCCACAGUUUCCAGUUUGAACUCUGGAGUCUACAGUGCGGACUCGUGUCUUGAUGCACAGGAGAAAAGACGAUUAAUUGUGACCUUCACUAACGGGUGCCGCAUAAUCCAUAUAAUGAUCGAUCAGAAGCAACAAGUUUCAUCCGAUGCACAUCAAACACCCAGCGGAUGAUCACAUCUCAUGUUUGGAGCACUGCCCAAAUGCAACCAUCGACCACUGUGCAGUGAUUAUGUUGUUAUUUUAUUUUUCAUCAGCUUAAUUUCCCAGAAUGGGAUUUCACCGAAUAAAGGCAUUAUUUUCAU